CAGAGGAUGCGUGCGACGGAGCGGUCUCGCGCCGCGCUGCCUGCCCCGAGCUCGUGUCCUCCUCUCUGAAGCAGAAAGAUUAUCUCCACAGACGCAACAACAAUGGGCGGACUGGACGCGUUUGGAGGCUCCCGCUCCAUUUUACUAUAAUUCACACCGUCGCACUUGGCUUUAUUCCCGGCGAAAAUGGCGACGGGGUCAGGCUGGCAGCCACCGUACAACACCUCGACCAGCAACAGCAAAUACACCCCCUCUCCAACAGCGUCAAACAUGUUUUACGACGGGACCUUAACGCUAGAAUACACCCCAGACAUGCAUCUGAAGAUGAGCAAGAAAAUCGCCCAGCUGACAAAGGUAAUUUACGCUCUCAACACCAAGAACGAUGAACAUGAGGAGGAAAUUGAAUCUCUGAAAGAAGCCCAUGAGGAUGAGGUCCAACACAUAGUGACAGAAACCAGAGACAAGAUCAUGCAAUACAGGAACAAAAUGGCGGACGAGGCGGACCUGAGGCGGCGGCUGGCGAGUCUGGAGGAAUCUGUCGAACUCUACGACCACAUGAAGAGACAGGCCUUAGCAGAGUUCGAGAUGUACAGACAGAGAAUGGAGGACUCUCAGCUCUGCACUGAAGCCCAGCAUACCCAGAGAGUGGUUUCUAUGAGCAGAGAGGUGGAAGAGAUGCGUCGCGAUUUUGAGGAGAAGCUUCGGGUGUUCAGCCAGGCUCAGGCCCAGUUUGAGGCAGAUAAGCGGCGAGCGCUGGACGAGCUGAGGGCCACCCACCGACAAGAGGUGGAGGAGCUCCGCGACAACCAGCAGAACCACAGCGCCACCUCUGCCGAAGACCAGGAGAAACUGGGCGAGCUGCAUAGACAAGAGGUGGAGGCUUUGAUGGAGAGGGUGGAGGAGCUGACAAAGGAUAAGGUCCGUCUGGUGGAGGAGUACGAGGCCAAGCUGGCCAAGGCUCAGGAGUAUUAUGAGAGAGAGCUGGAGGCCAUGAGGAGGACACACCAGCUGACCACUGAGAACCUGCUGGCCUGGAAGAGGACGGAGGUGGAGCUGCGCAAGGAAUUCCAGGCUCAGGAGGCGGCGCUGCAGCGUUCACUGUCCAAGCUGAGGAGUGAGCUUCAGAAAGCUCAGGAAGAGGCCCGGGAGAACCGGGAUAAAACCAACAGACUGCAGACAUCACUGGCCAAUGCAGAGGGAACCAUUAAGAACCUGCAUAAGCAGCUGGAAGAAGCCAUCCAAGAUGGUGAAAUCUGGGUGAUGCAGCUGAAGGACACCGAGUAUGAACUGGAGAGCAGCAGGGAACGAGUUCAGCAGCAGGCUACAGAAAUCCUCCACAAAGCCAGUCAGAUUGGUUCCUUGCAGGCCACCCAGAUGGCUCAUGAGGCGACUAUCAGGAACCUGGACCAGGAGCAGAGUCGUAUCAAAGAGAAGAUCAGCCGGCUGGAGGAGGAGAGAGAGGCCCUGCUCAAUCAAAGCCAGACCGCCAGCGAACAACACAAACAGCAAGUGCUCAAGCUGGAGCAGUCUCUUCGGGAGGAGCACCAGGGCUAUGAAAAGGAGCUCUCUAGACUGAGAGCACACUAUGAGGAGGAGACCCUUCGCUUUAAGGAGGCUCAGGUCACAGCGUUGGAGGAGUUGGAGGAGAAGCACAGGGCUAUGAGGGAGGAGGCACAACAGGAGAAAGAGGACGAGAAGAAACUCCUCCUUACGAAAAUGAGCCAGGAGUUUGAGAUUAAACGUCUGUCUUUAGAGGAGCAUAGAGACCGUCUUCAGCAACAGCUGGACAACUUGAAAGAGGAGCUCACGGCCAAACUCAACAUGGCCAAUCAGGAGGUGUCCCACCUCCAGGAGCUGGUGAGGGAGGGGGAGCAGAACCUGAGUUCAGCUCAGACGCAGAUAAGCUGUCUGAAGGAAACCCAGGAGAAGCUCCGGAUAGAGCUGGAUGCUACCAGAGGUCGAGUGCGAGAGACCAGCAACCUGCUCACCGACCUACAGGAGGAGAUUGAGACCCAGAAGCAGCAGCAUGAUGCCAGAGUGAUGGCCAUCAGAACAGAGGAGAAACAGAAGAUCGACAAGAUGGCAGAUGACUUGGAUGAGAAAUGGAGAGAUGCACUGCGGGAGGAAGUGCGUUUGUUGAAGGAGGAGCUAAGCGAGGAGUAUGAAGCUGACAAACAGGCAGCUCUCACUCAGCUUUCCCAGCAGAAGGAGCUGGAGCUGAUGGCUGCAAGAGAGGGCUGGCAGAGGAAAGUGGAAGACCUGCUGGAACAGAUAUCUCUCCUGAAACAGUCUCUGGAGCUCCAGUUGUCACAAUCUCAGUCUGCUCUCCAGCAGCUGCAGUCUCAAUUCAGCCAGGAGAGGGAGCUGCUGAGCCAACAGCUUAAAGAGAUGCAGAGAGAACAUCAGAGGAGAGAGCAUCGAUUGCAGGAGGCUCACUGCUGCGCCCUCAGCACCAUGGAAGAGGCCAGACAGCACCAGAUCAGAGCCCUGGAGGAGCGUCUGAAGCAGGAGCAAAGGGAGGAGGUUCAUGCUCUGAAGGAGGCUCACAGGAGGACCUUGGAAAUCCUCAGGCAGCAGUCAGAGCAGGAGCUGCAGACUCUGAGGUUUGAACUGGAGGACGAGGGGAAAGCAAAGCUGGCGUCUCUUCGAGCAGAACUGAACCACCUCCACGCUACGGCCAUUGAACAUUUGAAACAGAUCCACCUCAAAGAAAAGAGUGCAGCUAAAAGGGAACUGGACAAAGCAAUGGAACACAGCCACCAGCAGGAACAAGAACUUCUGGUUCGCAUCUCCGACCUUCAAGCAGAGUUGUGUUCCCGUAGCAACCGCAUCACCGAUCUGGACCAUGAAAUCCACUCUCUUAACGAGACUAUCGACACUCUGACCAGAGAGCUGGAGCUGAAAGGCAAAGAGGUGCUGCGAGUGCGCAGCGAAGCCAACCAUCACAUAAGAGCUCAUGAACAAGACCUCAUAAAGAGGCACGACAGGGAUCUGGAUGAGCUAAAAGUAGUUCAUCACAGAGAGAUGCAAAUUAUGCUGGCUGACUUCAACAAGGCCCAAGAGGUGCUGAAAGACAAGAUUUCUGCUCUGCAGAUCCUGUUGGAGGGUACGGAGGAGAAGUUAAGAAACCGAGAAAGCCGACCAGAAGAUCUGCAUCUGAUAGCAGAGCUCAGAGAGAUGGUCACUGAAAGAGAAGUUCUAGUCAAAAAACUGGUCGAUGACAAGAAGUUCUACCAGCUGGAGUUGGUGAACAGAGAGACGGGCUUCAACAAGGUCUUCAAUUCCAGUGCCAACGUUGGUGUCAUCAACCCUCUUAUCAAGUCAAAAACAAGCAGCCAAUCAGAUCAGCGCCUCACCAGCUUUCCUAGCCAUUCAGCUCUCCGAUUCGUCAGCCCUCCCACCAUGAGCCAAGAAGGCCAGGAGGAGGGAGGGUGGGAGGCGGAGGAGGUAGGACCAGGAGGCCGCUUUGCGCUUCCUCACUCCCCCCUCCAGAGGUCCCUCCCAAGACAUAAGAAAGCCCCGCCACUGUUCAGCCCCCUUGCUUCUUCUCCUCUACCUCAGCAUCCUCCUCUUCCUCAUCCCCCACACCAUCCCAUGCCAAGCCUUGCUCCUCCUCAUGUUCCUCAGGAUCCUCUUGCGCAGCAUCAGGGCCUGCAGAGCUGUGGGAGCCUUCCUGAAGCCAGCGCUCCCACACCAUCAGACUCCAGGGGGAUCGAGGCAAAAAAAGGGAAAGAAUACGUUCUAAAGGAGGAGGACUUGUACUCCCUGUACUUCUCUUUCUGACUGGCAAAAAAUACCCCAGUUCUUUUUAAAAAAAAGUUAUGGGACAGAGAGCUAAAGUUUGACGGUGAUCAAACGGCACGAUUUGACUCAUUCGAUGGAUUGGGAUAUCAGACAUCCAGUCCUCAUUGCAGCAUUUCAUGCUUCCAGUGUGACUUCUAUCUUAGGGCUUCCAUACAUGGUGACCUAGAAGAUGAUGGACUUCCCAGUGCUUCAUCGUUAUUAAAGGUUCACAAUAGCUUGAGGAGAGGGGAUACCGGUUAGUUUUUGUUUAAUAACUCUAAUUUUACUUCUAAAAUAGCAGAAAUAGUGCGACUUUUUUUUUUUGCUCAGAUUCAGAGGUAUACAUCCAUUUCUUUAGUAUUUGGUGGAAUAAUCUUUUAUUUUUUAUAUUUAACCCAAUUCUUUUACAAUAAAUAGCUGAAAUUUUGGCCCAGUCCUCCAAAGAGAAUAAGAAGGUCGUCUUGCUCUUUGAGCUAUGCCCACAAAUUUUUAUGGGACAAAAAUAAGGGCUUUGUGAUGACCGCCUCAGACCAUUUGGAGGUAUGCUUGGAGUUACUGGCAAAUUGGGAAACCCAUUUUGUGCCCAAACUUUAACUCCGUGGUUUAUUUCUUGAGGUUUUGCUUCAAUACGUCAUGAUCCCUUCUAUUUUGUUAAGCGCACCAGUCCCUCCUGCAGCAAAACAUCCCCACAACAUGAUGGUGCAACCACCAGGAUGCUGUGUUCAAGCUUUGCAAGCUUCCUUCUUUCACUUCCAAACGUAACCAUGGUCAUUGUGGCUAAACACAGCAACUUUAGCUUGAUUAGAGCGCAGGAUAUGUCUCCAGAAAUAACGAUUAGUUGACCCUGAGUGCCAUAGCAGACUGUAAUCUGGCUUUCCAUGUUGCUUUUGGAGUGAUGACUUCUGAGCAACCUUUCAGGACAUGCCGGACCUUUUAACUCUUACCGGUUUCAGUCAGUAUCUUCACAAGGCAUUUUGCUUUAAUUUUGGUGUUGAUUCAUACAUUUCACACCAAGACAAGUUCAUCUCUGGAACACAGAAAACAUCUCCUUCCCGAACAGUAUUAUGGCUCGACAUCCCCAUGAUGUUUAUACAGUAACUGCAUAUAAUUGUUUUAGAUGAACAUACUUAGGAAUCUAGAAGUUGUAGAUUUAUGGAGAUCCAUAGUCUUUUUGAUAUCUUGGCUGAUUUCUUUUGACUUUUCCAUGAUGUUCCACAAGAAAGCUGUUUGUUUGUUUGAGGUGUUGCCUUUAUACACAUUAGCAGGUGUCCUUUCAUUUAACUCCAGUGUUAAUUGGAAUGUAAAUUAAUUUAUCAGAAGCUUACAACGCCUUCAUCACCUUGGCUUUCCCAAAUCGUUUAAAGGCACAGUAAUCUUAGUGUAUGUAAACGUCUAAAUUUCAAUAUCGGCGUGGAUCAUUUCUGUAAGGAACAUCAAACCGAAAGUAACUAAAACAUUUUUAUUUAAUUUCACAGUUUUUAUGAGUUACAUUUAGGUUUGGGGCAGUUUAAAUCUGAAAGGCAGCAAAAGCUCAGAACACUUUAAUUUUAUUUUAUUUGGAAUAACAAAAACAAUUAGAACAAAACAAUUUUUAAUUUUGCUCCAAUUGCGUAGUAAAGCUGGCUCUUUAAUAUGUAAAGUAGGGUAAAAGAUUGGUAAAUACCUCCUAAACAUUUGAUUCCCAGUUGAAAAUUAAAAACCUGCUGGUCUAGAAACAAAAUGCUGCUCUCUUACUGGUGCAUUUCUGGUCAUUAUCCUCUUGAAACGCUAAUUUUAAGGGCACAUCCUUUUUAGCAUUGGAUGACGUGGCCUCCAUGAGUUUCUUGAUUGUUUGAAACUGAUCUAUUAUCCCUGGAAUGGGAUAAAUAGGCUUUACAUCACAGUGUGAGAUAGAUUCCCAUACCAUAAAGCCUUGUCUUCCUGGCUCCGCUUACGCAUUUUCUCACAGGUAACUGUAGAGCUUCCUUAAUCACCCUGGAGCUGAUCACUUUUUGCUCUUCCUUAUAUGAUUCGGUUUUCUGAGCAGUGUCUGGAACAACCCAUUUUACUCAACAUGUACAGCGUUUGUUGCCUUCAUCCUUAAACGGUUUUAAGGAUAUUACUCUGCUACACCUACUUGUAAAUUAUUUGCCGUGUAGUAAUAUUAUUUCUGCCGAAACCAUUGAUUGAUUUGGUUUUUGAUGUGAUUUUGAACUCAGUGGAUUGGGAUCUGCCUGCCUUUAUGCUCAUGUGUAUCUUCAUGCACUUGUCAUCCAUGUUGGCUCUGGUUGAGCUUUUUGGCCUCUGCUGUAACAAUUACGACACCACCAGCAAGAGCGACAAAAUAAAACCUUAACUUUAGCUUGCUGUCCCGGUGCUUUGACUGUGUACAUACAGUACAUGUAUGAGGGUCAUUUUCAAACAUCCGAGCUAACCGAGGGGGGCUUGGUUUACAGCUUCUGACGCCACAACAAUCUCCGGAGGAGAAACACGCAGACAAACCAAACCAAGCGCCCCUUGUAUUUUUGUUACUCCACUAUUUAUAACAUAUGAAGCUACUGUUUUUCCUGUGGUCUGCUUCUUACACCACAGGACGAGAGAUGUAAAGAGGAAGAGUUCUGCCGAUGGUGUGCAGUUGAUUUUUUUAAAAUGUUUAUUAUUUAAUGCCAAGGAGCGUUUAGUCCAAGUCUAAUUAGAAACUCAGCGUUAGUUUUAGGGCCUGAACUUCUCUGCUGCAUGUCUCUGGCUGUAAGGACAGACCCUGGAGCAUGUGAAAACAGAAACACUCAUGCUGCUCUCUUUCACUUGAAAACUCAUACCUUUUCAGUGUACCGUCCUAUUUUUUUAAACUUGAAGUUUUACAUAGUUAUUGUGCUGGAUUCCAUUCAGAAAUCUGUACAGUUUUCCAAGCUGCAUGCUCAUCCUCAACCCAAAAGAGGCCCGCUUUGUUCUUGGAAAGUCAGACGUGCGUUUUAGAGUCCAACACGUAAACGUCUAAGUUCAGUCCGAUGAGCACUCGUCUUCCUUUACAGAACAAGCAGAGGCCGCAGACAUUCAGGAAGUGUUUAAACUCUUAUAGUUUAGCUUAUGCUUCACACACAGAAGAAUAUAAUUCAAACUUAAAAUGUUUUAUUAAAAAAAAACACUAUUAGGCAUACUUGUCACAUGUAUUUGUGUUUAAUCCCCACAAUAUUUAAAAAGUCAGAAAUUAAAAUAUUAUCUGAUCAGACUCCUUAUUUGACCUUUCAUGAAAUGCUUUAGUGCCCUCCUCAUUUAUCGGCACCCCUACUCCUAAUAACUUGUACAACAAAUGACUAGAGGUUCCGGUAAAUGCAGAGGGUGCUGUACUUAUUUUCCAGAGCCGGUUUGGUCAAAAGUUUGAGAAUAAUGAGCUUCAUUAAUGAGCUCAUAUUGCAUCUUAAAACCUUCUCAUUAAAUGUAGAGUUCAACACUUUCUGAAACAAGUUAAACAUUAUAAAGGACCCAGAAAUUUGUCCUGUCUGUCACAAAUGAAGCAUCUAGUCUCUGAAGUUGUGCUGAAUGUGCUAAAAUGGCUUAAUUGUAAAUACCUCUAUGUAAAAAGAAAGGAAGGAAGAAAGAAGAGUUCAUGGGAUCUUUACGGGAUUGAGGUCCAGAUACACUGAACCGCAGCUGGUUCAUUGCUUCAUGCACACUGUGAUGUUUAGAUUAAUUUGAUGACUAUAAAAUAUGGGCAUUUAUCUUAGAUAUCUGCACUCUACAGUGCAGAAGUCUUUAAUUUUUUAGCUUGAUAAAUAUUAUCUAAUUUUCCUUUUUAAGAAUCGAAAACAGGUCUCAUGAUAAUGGUUAAAGAACCGUUGCAAUGUUUGUAAUGCAUUUUCGAACUGUUAUAUUUAAUAUGUUUUAAAAAGCAAGCUUUGUUUUAUUUUUUUACUCUGUUAUUUAUUGUUUAAAAUGUCAAAAGUUGACAGAAAUGAAAUAAAUACAACUGUGUUAUUUAACUGAACUGAAAGUGGUCUGAAGGUAACAUAAAACUCAUAAUUACAUAUCUGUCAUGUCCAUUUUGACGUAAACACAUUACAGUUAUAACAAUAUUUAUAUUUAUAUCACUUCUAUUGUAUGUUAUGGAACAAUAAAACACUGAUUGUGAGAAAA